CAUAAGUAUCAUGAAUUGCAAUUUUUCUCAUUGUGUUUGUUGUUUGGUUGUGUUGUUGAUGUUUCAUUAGGAAGAACAUAUAUAGUUGGUGAUAAUCUUGGUUGGCAAACUCCUCCUAAUGGUGUUGUUACUUAUUCCAAUUGGGCUAAUCAACAUACUUUUGUUGUUGGGGACAUUUUAGAGUUCAAUUUCAAUAGUGGAGUACACACAGCAACUAGGGUAAAUAAAAAUGCAUUUGAUAGUUGCAAUGCUGCAAAUCCAAUAGAUAAUGAAACAAAUGGUCCAGCAAAAUUCACUCUUAAUACUACUGGGGAUUAUUAUUUCAUUUGUACUAUCCAUUGCAACCAAGGCCAAAAAUUAACGGUCAACGUCACGUUGACCGGAUCCCCGUCCGGGAGCCCUACUCCCGGUUCAUCUCCGUCAUCACCCGGUGGUGAGACAUCGUCUCCUCCGUCUCCAUCGGGAUCCGCGUCGACUAGGGUUGUUGCUUCAUGUGUCAUGUUAGUGCCCAUUGUAUUAGCACUAACACUUUUGGCUUAGUGUUUUGAUAUUGGAAAUUACUUUUUUUUUUUUAAAGUAUGUUUGAAGUUAGUUUUAUAAAUAAACAGUUAUGUGUCUGAGUUGGAGUGUUGAA